AUGGAAAAAGAGGGCAGACCUCCGGAAAAUAAGCGCAGCAGAAAACCAGCUCACCCGGUGAAAAGAGAAAUAAACGAGGAGAUGAAGAGUUUUGCAGAGAACACCAUGAAUGAGCUCCUGGGCUGGUACGGCUACGACAAAGUGGAGCUGAGAGACUCCGAGCAGCUGGACAUCGAGACGCCGCAACACAUCUCCGUGCUCAAAGAAAACUCAUUGCCAAAACUCGCUUCUUCCUCUGAGGGCGGUGGUGAAUGUUCUCCGGAUGGGGCCAACAGUUCGCACUCUACGCCUGCCAACAGAAACGGAGUCACCGAGAGCUCCACCGCAGCCUUCUCCUCCGCCCCAGGCCCCAAGGAGCACGGCGGCCUGCCCAUCAUCGUGCCCAUGGUGCCCCCGCCGCUCAUCAAGCCACCCACAGACGAAGAUGCGUCCAAUGUCCAAAUCAUGUGCGCCUGGUGCCAGAAGGUCGGAGUCAAGCGGUACUCGCUCAGCAUGGGCAGCGAGCUGAAGAACUUCUGCAGCGAAAAGUGCUUUGCUGCCUGCCGCCGGGCCUACUUCAAAAGGAACAAGCUGGGAUAUAUAAGGAAUUACAUUGUGAGUAUGCUGUGUUUUACUGUCCUGCUUGUCUGUCCCGAAGUCGGCUUUUCAUUCAACACAUAA